UCAGAGCUUCAGUACAGACCUCAUUCUUAGAAAACUGUCAGUAAAGAACAGCUGUGUGGCUCAUAUAUCCUGGAAAGACCCACUAACACUGACAUCAAUACUAAUGAUGGGUCAGUCUGCACAGGCAGAAGCUCCAGUGACCACUGCCAUUACCAGAAAAUAGUGUACAGGUACAAUGUUGUGGUUCCUGCUUAGUGCCUGAAGAUUAGCUAGAUACAUGCUUGAUGAUAAAGAUGGAGGUUUUCCAUUAAACAAUUUUAACUCAUAGCAAGAUAUUCAAUGUAAACAGUGUUAAUGAAAAAACACGAUAGUUUAGCAUGAUAUAAAUUGAUUUGUUGCUACAGGAAGAUAAAUGUUCCCAUUCUUCAAAUUAGAUAAGGUCACUUGAGGUUGUAGGAUGUAUUCGGCUGAGGUGUUUAAUGAGACAAAGUUCCCAGACAAGAAAACGGUAGUGAAACUAGUAAAUACAACAACACAUGCACUCACAGACAUAUUGACACACACCGCUGCAACUUUAUUCAGUCUUCGUCAUUUAGCUUCUGUUUUCUUCAAUCUCACAACCAACUCAACACUUCGAAAUCAACUGGAGAGACAUGUGAAACAUUUCCCCAUAUAUUCUUUCUACUGACGGCUGUAAGAGGAAUGUUCUUCUUUUCUGGUUUAGACUAGACAACCCCCACCUCACAAUGUGGAAAAACAAUUAGACCAGGUUAACACACUGCCCCACUCUACAUGGGUUGUAAAAGCAGAAAAACAGCAUUUCAGGCUGUAGCAGCCUGUAACCCAUCCAAAAUAUGGGGUUAUACUGGGAGAGUUAUGCCAAAGGACUCUGGGAAUCUUUCCAUUUAAAACAAACACCCAUUGUUGUGUAGCAUUAGUAACUUCACAUCCGUGAUUAUAAAUGUUUUGUUAACUUAACCUAACUUUAACAUGGCAUUGUAUCUGUUCUGUGUAUCUGGGGAGAUUGAAAUUGUGUGUGCAAAGGAGAUGUCUAUUCAUUAUACUGGCGUACAAAUUGUGGUUUUCUAAUGUAACCUAUUGCCAUUUCCACCCGCUACCGACUCCUAUUCAUGCCUUGACUGUCUCACAGAGUCUCUGCUGAAACAGCCAACAUGGCAUGUGCAGCGAAGCAGCGCUCUGAUUGGUCCAAAAGAUCACCUCACUGCAUCACACUAACUGGGUGACUUCAAACUCUGACGUAGGUCGACUGUUUCCCGCCGUCACGAGCAGCUUCGUAAUAUUAAAUAUUGGCACCAGGUAGAGUUGCGCUAAUGUGUCGCUCAGGUUUCACGUGUAAAACUCACGUAUGUUUUCGUCUUUAACUUGUCGUGUUCUGCGUUCCUUCGCUAUUUAACUGUGUUUUGGUGGUUGACACUGACAAACCGUGACCCUACAAAACCCCGAGAAAACAAUGCGGCUGUGCAGCCCCCUGUUUACUACCGUGUAAGAGAGGGGCAGCCGAAACUGUGAGUCCGGAAUCUCACCAGCUCGACGCUGAUUGGCCAAAAGGCGUCCUCUCUGCUGCAUAUGACGUUAUUCCCCGACAGAAGACUCCGCGAGGAGUACAGGGCAGCCAGAGUAAGAAAUGGGAGUUAAUUAGUCCAUUUCGUACUCUACGAGUAGUACACUGAAAGUUAGGACUAUAUGAAAUACACUUAAUUUCGGCCGAGAAACGGGAACUAUUAUAUAGCCUCCUUGUUGAGAAAAACGCUGCACACCGUUUGUUGUUUGAGUCCGCCAGCGCAUCUCAUUUGAACAGACACGUCAGACCAUGAACUACGUGGGACAGCUGGCAGGUCAGGUGUUCGUCCAGGUCAAGGAGCUGUACCGAGGCCUCAACCCAGCGACGCUCUCUGGUUGCAUCGAUGUCAUUGUGGUGAAGCAGCCCGAUGGCUCCAUGCAGUGCUCGCCCUUCCAUGUCCGCUUUGGCAAAAUGGGUGUCCUCCGCUCCAGAGAGAAAGUGGUGGAUAUGGAAAUUAACGGAGAACCAGUGGACCUGCAUAUGAAGCUCGGGGACAACGGGGAGGCUUUCUUUGUGCAAGAAACAAAAAAUGAUCAGGAAGUCGUUCCUUCCUACCUGGCCACUUCUCCCAUCCUGUCUGAUGGGGCCAUAAUGAUGAGCUCCUCUGGGCCACCCCUACAGACUCUGGGCUCCCUGGGUAACAGCGGGGAGAACAGCAGCAUGAUGAUUAAGAAGAGGAGAAAGAGGAGGAGGAAGAGUCGCACGGACAGUGCCAGGAGGGAGGAGAGCGGCGAUUACUCGGCAGACGAAGACAUGUUUUCCAUUGACAUCAGCUCCGAUGAGGGGACAGAGAUGGAGAGCAACAGAUCUUUGUCUCGGGACGUCUUGAGGGAGGAGACAGGUGCUGGUUUGAGUGGCACUUUGAAACAGGCUGGCAUCUAUGCCCGCUCAGACGGGGAUUGGAGCCCUGCCCAUAGCCCAAGUAGCUCUCGCCCCACCUCUCCUAAGAGUGACUCUGAGCUCCUUAGAAAUCCGUCUGAUGCAGACAAUCAGAACCCAGAAAUGCACUGGGCCUGGGGGGAGCUGCCACAGGCUGCUACGCCUUCCUUCCUCCCCCAAAAGCCCAUCCUGCCGCCUGUUUAUCCAGUGUCCAUCCCCGUUUCUGAAAGCACACACUUUCGCGUGAUUAAUCAUGCGAUGUCCACGGAGCAGUGUGGACAAUGCGCUGAAGGGCCAGCGCUCCAGCUGCUAGCACGGGAGGACACUUUAGUCAAAGAGGAAACGGUCGUCACAGUCACAGAGUCAGAAGCCAUGGUGAUGAGGGCCAACACGGAGGAGACUGGGCCUCACCCAGCCGGGAAAACCGACUCUCCCUCCAAGAAAAAAGAUAAAAGGAGCCGCCAUUUAGGUUCUGAUGGAAUUUAUCUUGAUGAUAUCACAGAGCUGGAGCCCGAGGUGGCAGCUCUAUAUUUUCCCAAAAGUGACAGUAGCUCAACCAUGAGAAGCAUCUCCGACCCGGGUCUCCACAGCACCAGUCUGUCCCCGCAGUCGAUGAGCUCAGGAGGAGACAGCGGCGUGGACAGCUACUGUGACCCGAUGUCUGACCUGCCAUCGAUCGCCAUCUCUCUGUGUGGGGGGCUGACCGAAAAAAAGGAGAUCACUAAAGAGCAGUUUUGUGACAAGAUUAUCUCCUAUCAGCAGUUCACAGCAAACCCAUCCAUCAUCGACGACCCCAACCUCGUUGUAAAAAUUGGUUCAAAGUACUAUAAUUGGAGCACUGCAGCUCCACUUGUGCUGGCCAUGCAAGCUUUUCAGAAACCUCUGCCAAAGGCUGCCGUGGAGAACAUAAUGAAGGAGAAGAUGCCCAAAAAAGGAGGGAGGUGGUGGUUCUCCUGGAGGGGCAGAAACAGCAACAAAUCGGAUUCUGCUGCUGAGCGUGGAGCCUGUGGCUCUGAUGAGCAGGUUGGGAACAUAAAAGGCAGACAUAAAGAAGAAUCAUCAUCCAGUGAUGAAGAUCAUAUGGCAGCCAAGCAGAGCGCUCCCAUCAUCCAGUCAGAGCCUGGACUCUCAUCAGGAGGCGUGUCUUAUAAGAAGACACUCCGCCUGACCUCGGAGCAGCUGCUGUCUCUUCAGCUGCAGGACGGUCCAAAUGAUGUCAUCUUUAGUGUGACCACUCAGUACCAGGGAACCUGUCGCUGUCAGGGAACCAUCUACCUGUGGAACUGGGACGACAAGAUAAUUAUCUCAGACAUAGAUGGAACCAUUACCAGGUCCGACACACUGGGUCACAUCCUGCCCACACUGGGAAAGGACUGGACACAUCAGGGCAUUGCACAGCUCUACCAUAAAGUCAGCCAAAAUGGGUACAAGUUCCUGUAUUGCUCAGCUCGAGCCAUCGGCAUGGCUGACAUGACCAGAGGUUACCUCAACUGGGUCAAUGAGAGAGGCACCAUGCUUCCCAUGGGCCCCGUCCUUCUGAGCCCAAGCAGCUUAUUUUCAGCUCUGCACAGGGAAGUGAUUGAGAAGAAGCCAGAGAAGUUUAAGGUGGAAUGUCUGACUGAUAUUAAGAACCUCUUCUACCCCAACAUGCAGCCUUUCUACGCAGCCUUUGGAAACAGGCCAACGGAUGUUUAUUCCUAUAAAGAAGUAGGAGUGCCUCUGAACAGGAUUUUUACGGUAAACCCUAAGGGGGAGCUGGUUCAGGAGCACGCCAAGACCAACAUCUCAUCUUAUGUGCGUCUGGGUGAGGUGGUGGACCACGUUUUUCCCUCCUCCUCUUCGGACUUCCCCUGCUCGGACACCUACAGCCACUUCACAUUCUGGAGGGAGCAGCUCCCCCAGGUGGCCCAUCAGGAAACUGCACCCCCUCAAACUUCCAGCCCCAGCAGCUGACUAAUUCCAGUGACCUGCUGAGCCUCCCCUGGCAGAAACAGAUGUAGCAGCAGUUUGGACACUGAUGAUAAAAUGUUACUGUAAUAUUUUAUAGGCUAAGGAGCACUUUUCUUUGUGCGCACUAGAAUCAAGCUAAAGGGACAAUCUGAGGUGGAUGGUCUAAAGGCACAAAAUGAAUACAGAUGCACUAUUAUCCAGGGAUGUGAUGUGUAUAUAUAGGGAAAUCAUGUUAUUUAUUUAGGCAGCUUGGCACAAAUUCCUAUUUUUGAAGGAGUGUUCAUGUCAUCUCAUCAGCUAGACCACCUGUGUAUCCAGACAGUUGCAUUUAGAGGCAUCUGUUCACCGGAGCUCUCCAACAAAUUACUCAACCUGUGCCAAACACUGAAUGUUGAUUUAUUUUCUUACUCCAAAGCCUUCCCUUCAUGAUUUAGACAGCGUGGAAACACGGCUUUGCGCAGGCUAGUGUGAAUUUACAGUAGUAUACUUGAAUGUAUGUGUGACUGGUGCUGUCUAAAGGAAAUCAGUCAUCAGAAAUCAGUAUUAGUAAUGAAAUAAACUUGUUCCAGAGAGCACAGUGAGAAAACAGACCUGUAGGUAGCUUUAUUAGUGGGUUUGAAAUGAAUUGUUGAAACAUUUUUACUGAUUUUUUUCCAAACUGUAGUGAGUAUACGCUUAGAAGAGGUGAUUAAAUUAUUUGUGAUUUGCUUCAUAUAUAUUAUGUUAUCUAUUCAGUUACAGUUGUAGAAGACAUUUAUCAGACAGUGAUUUAUUCUGGGUAGCAUGCGAGUGGUACAAUAGUGCACAGAACUGAUAGCAAUGUUUGACCAGGUUUCGAUGUAGCAAACACUUAUUAAAGUAUAUUCAUUUUCUUACAGUACCGCAAACAGUAUGAUGUAAUUUAAAGUGUGUAAGCAGUAAACAAUAGUGUUUAACCUAUAGUGUAGUGUAUGAGGGAGGAUGUGUGGUUCCAUAAACAUGGUAAUAUUCUUUCCAUGAAAGAGCUAAAACAGCUUGAAAGCUAUUAUUUUUCUUCCUCAACUGUGAAGAUGACCUGAUAACUGCUUUUCUUUUGUGAAUCGAUCAUUGUUAAAGUAGUGACAUCAAACUCAGUAAAGAAAUGACUUUAGUAUUUGGCAGAGUGUGUGUGUGUUUUUUGCAUUUUUCUGUCUCACUUGCAUUACUCUUCAGAACAAAAGCAGCCACCCAGAUCCACAGGACCUCUGGACGGACCUAAUGUUAUACUGAAAGAACAUCAGCACUGGCAAAUGUUUCCUUAUUUCAACACAAUAAAUAUCCCAAAAUGUUCCCAGCUCUCGUGACUCAGGGUUUUAGCCCUCAACUGUCGUCUGGGUGGAUGGAAAGGUUCUGGGUGUCCAGAAAUAACAUUACCAGCUGUCAAAAAUACCUGAAACUGUGUUUGUGUGUUUAUUGUUUCAACUACAGGUUAGAUUUCACCCACUGAAAUAACAAUAACAAAUAACAAUAA